AUGCGCUACGUUGCUGCUUACCUUCUUGCCGCUCUCGGUGGCAACGAGGCUCCCUCCGCCGCGGACAUCAAGAAGAUCCUUGAUGCCGUUGGUGCGUCCUGCGACGACGACCAGCUCAACACCGUCAUCUCCGAGCUCAAGGGCAAGGUCAUCGAGGAGGUCAUUGCCGACGGCCGCGAGAAGCUCGCCUCUGUCCCCAGCGGCGGUGCCGUCGUUGCUGGCAGCAGCGCCCCUGCUGGCGAUGCCGCCGCAGAGGAGAAGGCUGAGGAGAAGGAGCCCGAGCCCGAGGAGGAGUCCGAUGACGACAUGGACGGCUUCUCCCUGUUCGACUAA